UUAACUCAAUGAAAAUUGUAUCUUCGAAUAAUAACUCAAAUGCAAAAAAAUGCUCAAAACAUUAAACGGACUUUUUUUAUCUGAAAAACGUUUGUAUUAUAUCGCCAAAACGUUUACAAAGCAACUUGUUCCAUUGACUGAUUCACGAUAUACUAAAUUAUUAUUAUCUAGUUUAUAGGUUUGUUGACAGUUGUAAUCACUAUCAGUUUUAAUGGCAUUAGUGAAGAUUACAACUAAUAUUCCAGCGUACCAUCUGGAGUAUAAACAAGACGAGACGAACAAACGGAUUGUUCACGCUUUGCAGGUGUUGUUCGAAAUUCCAGAAGAGCAUGUUUUGGUAACUUUGAACUCUGGCGUGUACAUGAAUCUCAAACUAAACCAGGAGCCAGUUCUUCUGGUGGAGAUAACAGCUCAGUCCAAAUCAAUUCUCUUCUCUGAAUACAAUUCAUCUCUGCUGAUUAAUAUGAUCAAGGAGAGUGCGAAAAUUGAGCUACCUGAUUUCCCAGAAGAGAGAGUGAUAGUGUUUCUUCAUGCCCACCCGGAACACUUGACUUCAUUUGGAUCAUCGUGUGACAGAUCAGCUCAAGAUGCAACAGAAACUUCAAGUGAAGAAUACGCAAACCCGUUGUAUAAAAAUGGACACUCAUGAAAAUGAAACAAUAAUUUCCUUCAAUAUUUAGUCUACUAGGGAAAAACAAGGACCAAUUGACCUGCCUCGAUACGUUUUGGAAAGAUUAUUUGAGCACUUUCAAAUAAGUCUGGCUUACGCAGUAAGCAUCAUCGUAAGUGAAUAAAAUUGCGCAUGGUUAAGCCCGGCACAUUCACAAAUUCCAACUUCUUAACCUUCAAAAAUUUACAAAAAUCAUCGCAUAUUGAAUAUCUUUUGCACAUAAGCGCAGGAAAUUGAUAUCUCAAAUUGACAGAAAAAUGUUCCUCAAAGUAUGCGAUAAACUUUAGGUGAAGGACAAAGAGACGGGUCUGAUCUAGAUAGUAUCCUCAAUAGCGAGCUAAACAAACAAAAUGAAGACGUUCUGGUGGGACACAGUUAGUUGUUCGGCUAACCAUUUUCAACUAAUUGGGUGCGUUGCUUCUACUUUGUUUGCCUCACUUUGUUUCAUAAUUGCCUAUUAAGCUCACUGUCUGGAUCAGACUCGUCUCUUUGUCAUUCACGAAACUUUGAACGAAAAUGUCCGGCUUAACUGGGAAAAUUGACAUACGAUCAAAGGACUUAAAAAUAACAGAUGAGACAAAAAAAAGAACAGCCA